AUGCGGAGAGCGAAGACGAUAUCUGCAGAAUGCGACGAGCCACUGUUACAGGAGAAGGUGAUACAUUCGGCAACGCAAUGCGCGUUCGCGACGUCGCAACUGGUCGCGUGCGCCAGAGUUGUCGCGCCGACCAUCGAGAGCCUUGCCUGUCAAGAACAGCUCACCAGUGCUGCCAAACAGGUAUCGUAUGCAGUCACCGAACUUCUUCACGAUGCCGAGCAUGCCUGCCAAAGAAGUCAUGCGGACGGCCGACAAGCGCUUGGAGAUAUCCAUGAGGCUGCCAGACAAGUCACUCAUGCUCUCGACAGUCUUCUAGAGCAUGUGAAGACGUCGCCGAAGAUUACGAAAACAUCAGAAGAAGAACAAUAUAACGAAGUUUUGAGGACGACACAUAGACUGAUCGCGCAUCAGGGGCCGAGCGAAGAUCUGACUCGUGAGGCUAAGAAAGUGAUUCGUCACAGUCAGAUCCUUAUGGAGCAGUUUGAGCAGGAGGCUCACGAACGCCCCGAGCAUAAAGAUCGUCUCUUGGCGGCUGCACGUCGUGUGGCCACUGCCACAAGUGAUAUGAUCGACGCUACCAGGGAAUGCGAAUCACGACCGACUGAAGCCGAGUCGGAGAUGGCACUAAGAAAUGCUGCUGAGCGUCUGGUAACGGUGACAAAUGAGACGACCAGCGAGCAACAAGCGAAGCACAUCAUGGAGAAGCUGGAGCAGGCCGCACGUCAAACCGCCUACGACGCGACGCAGACGAUCGCUGCCGCCAACGCCGCUAAGGAACUGAUAAAGACGAAGACCACCGUUGAGAAUUUGGUUUAUGAAUGUACAGAAACUGCGGAGCACAUUCCAAAAUUAAUAACGUCGAUUCGAGAAAGCCAGCAAUCACAAUCACCUGGCGAGAAAUUCCGCUCCCAGAGUCGUCUCAUAAGAGACUCUCAUCAGAUUCUCACGCCGGCUACUCGCCUGGUGGAAGUCGCCCGCAACUCAGUGGCUCAUGUAAGCGAACCGCAUAUUGCGUCUAACCUACAGCAGACCAGUAAUGCAUUGUCGACGAACCUUGCUGAAUUGAGAACGGCGCUCAAUGCUGCACAGCAACUGAACUUCAGUCAACAACUGUACCAUAGUGAGGAGCUGAUCAGGGAACUCGACCAGGAACUGCUGGAUGUACAGAAAGCCGCUCAAUCGAAUCAAAUAACACCACCACGUGGAGUGACUGGACAGACGGCUACUUCACAUUUGAUGUCGUCCGCCAGACAGGUUGGCAGUAGUAUUGCACAGCUUGUCUCGGCAGCAACUAGUAAAGACGAACAGCAUAUCGGUGCGUCAGCUGUGGAAGCUGCCCAGAGUCUACGUGCAUUUACCACUGGUGUGACCGAAGUCGUCUCAACGAGAACCGACGUUCAACUGGACUCAAAAACAAUGUUAUACAUCAGUUUCAUCGUCUCCUCUCGCUCUGUUGUACAUGAUUCUGGGCGAGUAUUCGAUCGUGUCCGCGAUCAGGCACCUCCGAGCGUAUUGGCUGAUGCUGCUAAACAGGUGUCCACAAGUCUUCGUCAAGUGAUAGCAUGCUUACCGGAUAAUCAGGCAGUUGAGAAGGCGAUCACACAAAUCCGUACGAUCAGCGUGUCGGCAACGGUUCAUGAACCCGAUGUUCGCGUCGCAGCGUCGCGCCUCGUCGACGCAACAUCGCAACUAGUUCUCUCACUUCGAUCACGGAAUACUCAUGAAGCGAUUAAUGCAUUUGUGACGACGUACACCGAUUUCCAUAUCUCGGUGAUCACUUCUGUGAAAAAUCUACCGGAUAUGGAAUCCCGUCGUCGUACUGUAGAUAAUCUGGAGACAGCUAGAGAGGAGUCGGUAGUAUUGCUAUCUUAUGUUGGUACGGCGACAAGUGACAUAACACAAACAACUAACGUAACGCAAGCGUCACGCAAGUUGAUUGAGACGGUGAACGAACUCGUUGGACAGGGCAUACGCCAUCUUACGGAGCACGCUAAUGUUCCAGUGAACAACUCUACUUAUUUCGGUUGUCUGGACACGAUCACCGAGCAGUCUAGACAUCUGGGAGAAUCCAUGACCGGCAUCGCUAGAAACGCUAAAGCCGUAGACGCCCGUGCAUUGUGCACUAAUGUCAGGCAAUCGGCAGAUGCCGUAUGUUCUCUUGCUGAGUCCGCAUCACAAGCCGCCUAUCUCAUCGGAAUCGCGCAUCCGAAAAGUGUGAGAGGAGAAGCGGCAAUCAUUGACGCGAAUCGUGUGCGUCGUAGUGGAUUGUUGGUUCGCCAAGAUGCCACUGUCGUCGCGAAGCACACUUCGAAUAUGGCAAAUAUGUGCCGCGAAGCAUCGGAGAAAUCGCAGAACGUGAACGUCAAGAAAGAGUUCAUAAACUGUGCCGGCAAAGUAGCGGCUGGUACGGCGAAGUUGAUCACAGCAGUAAAGCAACUCGACAGCAAGCCGAGUGCUGAAACUCGUGAGGUGUGCACUUCGGCCGCUCAAUCUCUUCGAACAGCCACCGAACAACUCGAAAGCUAUGUGGACAAUCCGGAUUUCGCCGGAGUACCGGCUAGAAUCAGCCCUUCCGGUCGUGAUGCUCAGAUCCCGGUACUGACGUCGGCCAGACAAAUGUUAGAUGCAAGUUGCGAGAUGAUCAGCACAGCCAAGAACCUUGCAGUGGCCCCUAUGGAUGCGCCAACGUGGCAACGUUUGGCUGACAACAGCAAAGAGGUGAGUGAAUCUAUUAAGCGGAUGGUAAGUGCGAUUCAUGCGGCUGCGCCAGGACAAGCCGAAUUGGACAGAUGUAUCCGACAACUGGAACAGCUUAUCGUCGAUGUAGAGCGCAGCUCACUCGACAUGAGUGGAGCUCAGGGUGAAGUGUCCUCAUCGGCUGCUGAGAAGCUAAUUCAUCAGUCAAUUCUUUGCGCGUCACAGAGCCUUGCGGAAAAAGUGGAUGAGUUGCGAACAGCAGCCAUUUCUAGGGGUGAAGCGUUACCGCAUUGUGUGGAAGCGCACUGGGAGACUGUUCAACCGCUAGCAGUGUCCGCGUGUGAAGCAGCAGCGAUUGCACGAGACAGUCGUCAGCAAGCCGAAUUGUUCGAUAAAUGUCGUACUGUUGUUGAAGCUGAACUUCAAAUGAUGUACGCUUGUCGAGAUGCUGCUGGGAAUCCGAAGGCAGUCGAAGCGCAUUCACGCGUUGACGAAGCUGCAGUACAACUAAAGGACGCACUCGACGAUAUGAGGAGUACUGUAAGCGCUAUUAGUAGCGAGCAGGGAGUUAUCCAAGGCAUGGUGGAGACGAUCUCACAUUCAAUCGCCGGUACCGAUACUCUGCAGACCGCUACUCAUGGGGCAUCAUUUGCUGAUGCACAAACUAAAAUUAAUACGUAUCUUGAAGAUAUCAGACGAUGCGCAACCGAUAUGCCGUAUGCAGAACCACAAUCACUUGGUAAUAUGGCGCUUACCUUAAGUGAAAAGUAUCGACUACUGGCUGAGGAGGCUAGACAGGCGGUUUCUAUGCUUCCAUCACCUAGUUUAGCUCAAAAGCUCAAAGUGUCAGUGCAGAAACUUGGUACUUCAUGUAUAGACGCUGUGAAACUAACCGAUAGUACUCGUGUUGUCGUGGAACGUGUGAAUGAAGUAUUGGCGUCACUUCACGAAGGCUCUAAAGGCACACAAGCCUGCAUAAAUGCGGCGAAUACCGUAUCCGGAAUCAUAGGCGAUCUAGACACGACUAUAUUAUUUGCUACAAGUGGAAGUUUGAACUUUACUGGCGAACAGCGUGAUUUCAACGAGCACAGAGUAGCGAUCAUUAAGACGGCAAAAGCGCUCGUUGAGGACACCAAAGCCCUAGUUGCUGGGGCAGCAUCGAACCAGGAACAGCUGGCAGUUGCAGCGCAGAAUGCUGUGCGAACCAUUAUCAAUCUAUCCGAUGCGGUCAAAAACGGUGCCGGCAGUCUUCCGAGUUCGAACUCUGAGGCCCAGGUGCUUGUGAUACACGCUGUUCGUGACGUGGCGGCGUCGUUGUCGGCGUUAAUUCAAGCAACGAAAAACGCUUCGGGACGUUCGCUUCACGAUCCAGCUAUGGGCCAUCUGAAGGAGGCGGCUAAGGCAAGUUCAUCUUUGAUGGCUUGUCAAAUUCUGAAGAUUUGCCGGAUCAUGAAGCGUCAGGACAAGACUCAGCAAGGCACAAGGGCGUUAGAGGCAGCUAUAGACGCCAUAGGAAUCGAAAUCAAGACAUAUGACCAUGAAACUGGCGAAGGCACAUCGGGCCCAAUAGGUGCUACACCAGAGCACUUAGCCCGUGCCACAAAGCGCGUCACCGACGCUACAACUCGUCUGGCCGGUGCUGCGCAGACUCUACAACAGAGCGAUGUGAUAGCUGCUGCGAAUAUGGCACGAGCGGCUGUCAGUGAACUGCUCAUGGUAUCGCGAGCAGCUGCUGCUGAUGCCGAUUCGCCUGAAUCCAGAUAUAGAACACUAGAUUCAGGUCGUGAUGUGGCAACUCAGGUGCGAGGUUUGCUUGUCGCAUUGCACACAGUACUGGCUCGAAACGCGGAUCAGUCUUCGCGUCAGUUGCUACUCGAUGCUUCAAGAGGAGUUGCACGAGCAGUGAGAGAUCUUAUCGGAUGCAGCGAGUUAUUGAAGGGUGACACAUGGGCUGAUCACUCUGAUCCAACUGUUAUUGCCGAGAAUGAAUUGAUGGGAGCAGCAAGUUCAAUUGAGGCUGCCGCUGUAAAAUUGGCAGAACUUCGUCCGCGAGUACAGCCGAAAACCGAUGGGAAUUUAGCAUUUGAUGAACAAAUUCUGAGCGCUGCGAAGUCAAUCACAGCUGCCGUACAAACGCUGGUUAAAGCUGCAUCGUCGGCCCAACGAGAACUUGUGGCUCAAGGUCGUCUAGACCACCCACAGCAGCACAGCGAAGAUUAUCAGUGGUCUGAGGGUUUGAUAAGUGCAGCGCGAUUUGUCGUUGCCGCAGUUCAUCAGCUUUGUGAAGCAGCGAAUGCCCUCGUACAGGGUCAAGCUAGUGAGGAGAAGUUGAUCUCUGCUGCCAAACAGGUGGCUGCGUCAACCGCUCAACUACUAGUGGCCUGUAACGUGAAAGCCGACAUGGAUAGUCAGGCCAGGAGAAGACUACAAGCUGCCGGACACGCUGUUAAGACUGCCACAGAACGUUUAGUCAGUUCUGCUAGACAGAGUGUGGUAGAGGACGAGCGGAACAUUAUCAUCUCUGAUCGCCUGGUCAGCGGCAUCGCGCAGGUGAUGGAUGCACAAGAACAGGUUUUACGUAAGGAGAAAGAACUCGUUCAUGCCAGAGAACGUCUUGCAAAUCUCAACAAAGCGAGAUACGAACGUGGAGUAUCGCCAGAUCAGUAG